AUGCUACACCUGCAGUACUCCGACUGUAGGUCCAGGUCGCUCACAGAUCACUUGUUGUCGUCAGUGCCCAGUCCCGUGGAGGAUAAGCGUCUCGCUAUCGAGAUGACAGCGUUGCGACAAGCACUCUGGAUUGACGACACGCCAACAAGUGAGGCCUUUACGCCAUUCGGUGACAUCCUGCGCUGGAUUCCAACCCACCUUCAGUUGGCGGAUUGCUUGACCAAGAGCAGGAAGCCCAAGCUUCUGAACGACGCCUUGGAGUGCAACGAGGCCGUCGUCAAGGAAGCACCAGCUGAGUGA